AUGCGCUCAAAUACCGUCUUGCUGGCCCCGCUGGCCCUUUUUGCUUCGGGUGCGCUGUCUUUCUAUCCGUAUACACCACCAUGGCUGAAGGAGAUUGAGGAGAAACAUGCUGGUGAGGCGAGGAGGAGUGUAGAGGACGGUGUGACCUUUGAUAUCAAGCGAAGAGCAUCUAGACGGGCUGCCGUAUCCCAAGAACAAAAGGCUGCAUGGCAAGCCGCUCUACUCUCUCACAAAUACGGCGGCGGCGACGAUUCUUCAAGCUCGAAUACAGACUCGAAUAUCGCCAAACGAGGCAACCAGUUCAACAUCAUGCAGGCCGCCAAUCCUAACGCACCAGACACUGCCGGUCUCGACCAAGACGGUACCGACUACUCUUACUUUGUCGAGGCAGCACUUGGCUCUCAGAAGACCAAGAUGUACAUGUUGCUCGAUACCGGUGCCGGCUCUAGCUGGGUUAUGGGAACCGACUGCACAUCCCAAGCCUGCACUUUGCACGAUUCCUUUGGGCCCAGCGACUCGAGCUCCCUCAAGACCAGCUCGAAGACUUUCAACAUCGCCUAUGGAUCUGGAGCUGUCAGCGGUUCAUUGGUCAACGACACCAUCAGCGUGGCGGGCAUGAGCUUGACGUAUCAGUUCGGCCUGGCCACCAAUACCUCUUCCGACUUUGUCCACUUUGCCUUUGACGGCAUCCUCGGCAUGUCCAUGAACAGCGGCGCAAACGAAAACUUCCUCUCCGCGCUGGAAGGCGCCGGUCUGCUCGACAAGAGCAUCUUUUCCGUUGCGCUGAGCCGAGCUUCCGAUGGUAACAACGACGGCGAAGUCACCUUUGGUUCCACCAACCCUUCAAGAUACUCUGGCGCCAUCACUUACACCAACAUUAACGAUGGCAGCGAUUGGUCUAUUCCUUUGGACGACAUGUCUUACAAUGGAAAGAAAGGAAACGUUGGUGGCAUUGAUGCCUAUAUCGACACCGGCACCUCCUACAUCUUUGGCCCUGCCAAGAACGUCAAGGCCCUGCACGCCGUCAUUAACGGAGCUCAGAGCUCGGAUGGCGUCACCUGGACUGUUCCCUGCGAUACCACGACGCCCCUGGUCGCCACCUUUUCUGGCGUUGACUUUGCCAUCUCUCCCAAGGACUGGAUUUCCCCCAAGGACAGCAGCGGAAAGUGUACAAGCAAUGUCUACGGCUACGAGGUUGUCCAAGGCUCUUGGCUCUUUGGCGAUACGUUCCUGAAGAAUGUCUAUGCCGUCUUUGACAAGGACCAGAAGCGAAUUGGAUUUGCCAAGCGCUCCAGCACCGGCACCGGGAACAAGAGUAUUGCCACCGCCACAGAUUCUAGUGCUGCUUCUGCUACCGGAGCGACCACGGGCACCUCUACGUUUGAGCCACCAUCCCCAACCGCCAUGGGCCUCAGUGGCCAAGAGACAUCAGGAGCUCAGCCUACCCAGACAAAAGCCAGCUCUUCAGCUUCCUCAUUCCUCCGGACUGGCAGCCCGACCCUUGCUCUAUCCAUUUUCUUUUCUACUCUAUAA